AUGGCCACGAAGACCCCCGUUCUCACCGAGAAGGCACCCAAGCCUCUUCCAGGGAUCUAUUCCCAGGCCAUCAUCGCCAAUGGCGUCGUCUACUGCUCUGGUGCCGUCGCAAUGGACCCGAUAACAAAUAAACUAGUUGAGGGGGACGUUAAAGCACACACGCAUCAAUGCAUCAAAAACUUGACCCAUGUCCUCGAGGAAGCCGGCACAGAUAUCAACAAGGUGGUCAAGGUCAAUGUGUUUCUCUCCAAUAUGGAUGACUUUGCCGAGAUGAACUCGGUGUACAUGCAGUACUGGGGUGAUGUGAAGCCAUGCCGAACCUGUGUUGCGGUGAAGACACUGCCGCUGAAUACCGAUGUGGAAAUUGAAUGUAUCGCGGUGCUAUAG